AUAAAACUCACUCUUGUGAGGAAAAGAACAAUGUUAUACAAAUUUAAUAUUGUAUUAUUACUUUUAGUUUCACUGUUUUUGUGUUCGACGAAUGCCAAGAUAAUAGAUGGAGCUAAACACAGUAUAAGACAGUUUCCCAAAGGAUUCCUUUUUGGUACAGCAACAGCUUCCUAUCAAGUAGAAGGCGCUUGGGAUUCGGACGGAAAAGCUGAGAAUAUUUGGGAUUAUCUCACACAUAAUGAUUCAUGCCGAAUAAAAGAUUGUUCCAAUGGAGACAUUGCCAACGACUCUUACAAUAAGUAUAAGAGGGACGUUGAAAUGAUGAGAGAAUUGGGUCUGGAUUUUUACAGAUUUUCUCUGUCUUGGUCUAGAAUACUUCCCACUAGCUUUCCGGAUAAAAUAAAUGAAGCAGGAGUACAGUACUACAACAAUCUAAUAGACGAACUGCUUAAAUAUAAUAUUGAACCAAUCGUUACACUUUACCAUUGGGAUUUACCGCAAAAACUUCAAGAAUUGGGUGGUUGGACAAAUCCCCACAUAGUCGAUUGGUAUGUCGAUUACGCACGUAUCAUUUUCGAAAACUUUGGUGACCGAGUCAAAUAUUGGAUUACAAUGAAUGAACCACGCGAAAUAUGUUAUCAAGGAUAUGGUGAUACGACUAUGGCUCCAGCAUUAAAUAUUAAAGGCAUAGGGGAAUAUCUUUGUGCCAAAAAUUUACUUGUGGCGCAUGCUAAAGUAUAUCGCAUCUAUGAAGAAGAAUUCAAACCAAAAUACGGAGGUUUGAUAGGUAUCACGCUAAGCGGAAGCUGGACUGAACCGGAAUCUGAAAAAUACGCUGAAGCAGCUGAUGAUGUGAUCCAAUUUGAAAUAGGAAUAUAUGCACAUCCAAUAUUCUCGGAGGCUGGAGAUUUUCCGCCCAUAAUGAAAGAAAAGGUAGCCAAAAAGAGUGCAACACAAGGAUUCUAUAGGUCACGGUUACCAGAAUUCACAAAAGAGGAAAUUGAGAUGAUUCGAGGAUCGUCGGACUUCUUUGGCCUAAACCAUUACUCCUCCAACGUAGCAUACAAGAAUGAAUCAAUAAAUUUUUUCGAUGAACCUUCGUCUAAUGAUGAUUUGGGUGUGGCAUCAUAUAAAUCUCCUGAUUGGAGUAGCUCAGCUUCGUCGUGGCUAAAGAGUGUACCAUGGGGCUUUUAUAAACUUUUGAAAUAUAUAACGAAUAAUUACAAUGAUCCAAAUAUUAUUAUCACCGAAAAUGGGUUUUCUACAUACGGUGGUUUAGAAGACGAUGACCGAAUUACUUACUUCAGGGAUUAUCUUGACGCCAUGUUGGAUGCUAUUGAAGACGGAUGUAAUGUUACAGCCUAUACCGCCUGGAGUCUGAUGGAUAAUUUCGAAUGGAUGCAAGGAUACGUCGAGCGUUUUGGCCUGUACGAAGUGGACUACUCGAGCCCCGACCUUACUCGUACGCCGCGCAAAUCGGCCUUUGUAUACAAGAAUAUUAUCAGCACACGUUCCCUUAAUCAUCACUAUGAACCCGAUACAACCGUCAUGUCAAUUGAUGAAGGACAUUAAUGUAUUAUUUAUUAAUUAACUAACAAUUCGCACGGUACAACAUACUAAUGAGUUAGAG